GUCCCAUGCUGUACAAUGCUGAAAAUUUGGAAGGGGCAAGAAUUUGUGUUUCCAUUAAUGAUAUCCACCUUUUUUCAUAGAUGGGCACUGUACCCUCCAGGAAGAGUGCCUGGUGGUGUCACGGUACAUGUAAGUGAUGAGGAUGGUGAUGUUGACAUUGAGACUCCAACGUCUUUGCAGUGGUGGCUUGAUAUCUAUCCUCAUCUUGCUGAACACGAGAAACCACUGGAAUGCACACAAUUACCAGGAGAGACCAUAUUUGUUCCUAGUGGAUGGUGGCAUUGUGUUCUAAACCUUGAGACUACUGUCGCAGUUACACAAAACUUUGUCAAUCAAUCAAAUUUUGAGCAUGUAUGUCUAGACAUGGCACCUGGUCACUGUCACAAAGGAGUUUGUCGUGCUGGCUUACUUGCUGUUCCAGGAAAAUCUAUUAGAGAUAUUGAAAAUCAUCCGCCUGGAACAAUGAGUGCAUGGAACCACAAUGACAUGACUCGUGCAGAAAAAAGACUGAAAGGUUCAGGGUCCGGAAGAGCUUCAAACAGUGCAAAUCAGUGUGCUUCAUUUGAGUUCUCAGAUGUCCAUGAAAGUUUGGAGAACCAAGUUUUCUCGUAUGAUAUAGGUUUCUUAUCCCAAUUUCUUGAGAAGGAAAAAGAUCACUAUACUUCUGUCUGGAGUCCUACUAAUCCAAUUGGCCAGAGAGAAGCAAGAGAAUGGCUGCGAAGGCUAUGGGUUCUUAAGCCUGAACUGAGAGGACUAAUAUGGAAGGGUGCAUGCCUAGCAAUAAGUGUGGACAAAUGGUAUGCAUGCUUAGAGGAAAUAAGUGCAUGCCAUAGUUUACCACCACCGUCAGAGGAUGAGAAGCUUCCUGUUGGCACAGGUAGCAACCCAGUCUUCAUUGUUUCUGACAAUGUGAUUAAAAUCUAUGCUGAAGGAGGCCUGGGUUAUUCUGCCCAUGGUUUAGGCACAGAGCUUGAGUUCUAUAAUCUUCUGCGAAAAGUUGGCUCGCCUUUGAUCAAUCACGUCCCUGAGAUCAUUGCAAGUGGAUUUCUUGUGUACGAAGAUGGCGUCUACAGAACAGUCCCAUGGGAUGGAAAAGGAAUGCCAGAUGUUUUGGCUAAAUACUAUCCUCUGGAGCUUUCUUACACAAACAGCUGUUUUCCUCUUGGAUUAUGGAGCAAACAGCAGUUUGGAAUGGAUAGUUCCACUGAAUGUUCAAACAAACCUAUUUGGCCUUACAUGGUUACGAGAAAAUGCAAAGGGGAUAUCUUUGCUCGUGUCCGUGAUACAUUGUCCAAGGCUGACCUUUUGAAUCUGGCAUCAUCCUUGGGAGUUCAAAUGCGAAAUAUCCAUUUAUUACCCCUUCCACAUGGGGAACCAUUACCCAAACCUGAAGACAAUAAUGUGAGAGACAGUGAUCCACCUGAAUGGAAACAAGUAAUUUCUACUUUAAACGGAAGAAGGAAUAAUAUAAAGAAGCACCUAGCUAACUGGGGGGGUACUGUCCCAACAGUUUUAAUUGAGAAGGCUGAAGAAUAUCUCCCUGCUGAUAUGAGCUCUCUAAUCAAGUUUGUUAAGGAUGACGAUGGUGACUCAGUGUACACAUUCCCUUGUUGGAUACAUUCAGAUAUUAUGGACGAUAACAUUCUUACUCAGAGGUCCCUCACUGAUGCCAAAAGCACUUGUGAGAGAGAUCUGGAGAAACUGGAUGCAAUUAAUAUAAUUGACUUCAGUGAUCUGUCCAUCGGGGAUCCUCUAUGUGACUUGAUUCCGCUGCACCUGGAUGUUUUCCGUGGGGAUAUUGAUCUUCUCAGGGAGUACCUAAGAAGCUACCAGCUUCCUUUCCUGAGAGGGAAAUCAAACAAUGAUAUCUACAAGUCGGUGCGAAAUUCGAAGUUCAGCACUGCGUCAUAUCGCGCGAUGUGCUACUGCAUGCUGCACGAGGACAACGUGCUGGCAGCUAUAUUCGGGCUGUGGAAAGAGCUGCGAGCUGCAACGUCGUGGGAGGAGGUCGAGCACUUGGUCUGGGAUGACCUUAACCGAUACCAGCAAUCGUCGCCUACACUCUCUAGCUAGCAGACUCGUCACGACUAACGCUCAGAAGAAAUAAUGCGUACUGCUCCGCUACUCCCUUCGACAUGUUGCCCAGCUUCCGCUCGUUUAAGAGCAAAGAAACAAUAAGGGGCAAAAAAAUUUGUUUACUCGUGUGUGUAGCAGCUUUUUUCUUCUUUCAUUUUCCUUUCUUUUGGGAGAGAGCAGCUUUGCCGUUGAAUGGAUCAUGAAGCGUGCAGUUGUACCGCAUAGUAGUGUGACACGUUGGGUAUUUGUAAGGAAUGCCACAUUUUUUGUACACACCCAACACACAGCAUAACUUGUUUGCAUGAACUUUUUUAUCUCCCAAGAGUCACAUGAAA